AGAGAGAGAGAGAGAGAGAGAGGAAACAUGAAUAAUGAAUUCAUCUUCAUCCAACCUCAAAGCGCCCAAAAUAUUACGUUGGCGCAUCCUUCUCUGAAACUGCAUCAAUUCAGUUAAAUUCCAAAUCAUGAUGAUAAUUGUUGUGGAAAACUAGAAAUAAUAUCCUAAAACAAUGGUGGGCUCAUCACACGGUUAUUAAGUUAUUAUUAUAUAUUAUAGUCAGAAAACAACAACAAAGAUGACACAAGUUUUUCCCUAAGCAAAAGUUGACCAGGAAUUGGAAGUCUUUCUGUGGAUUAGAAUUGGGUCCAUCAAGAAGAAAAAUAAAAAAUUGAAAUUCUAAGUCCCAUGUUUCUUCUGUUCAUGAUACCAACUUUGCCACUAUGCCAAUGGGGAAGGCAUUAGUUAGAAGUUGAGGCCUUGAAGGUACAAAGGAAUCUUGUUAUAUAAACAAAAAAAUCCAAUCUUUUUUUCUUCCAUUCCAGAAUCCAGAACUGAGCUAGGUAGCUAACAACCCUAAAAAUGAUGUUGUUCAAGACACCAUUUUUAUUUCCUUUGGUGGUAAUCUUCUUCCUCUGUUUCCAGAAUUUGAUUCAGAUUCAAGCACAACCAGUCAAUUAUGGAUAUAGUUGCAGCCCAAGUCAAGCCAAUUAUCCCUGUCAAACAUAUGUUUUCUUCAGAGCUAUGGGUCCAGAUUCCCUUGAUUUAGCUUCUGUUGGUGAUCUGUUCUCAGUUAGCAGAAAGAUGAUUGCUGAACCCAGUAAUUUCAAUGUAUCCAUUUCUAAUGCAACUUCUCCACUCAUCCCUGAUCAACCCCUUCUUGUUCCCAUCAAUUGUGGGUGUAAUUUCAUCAAUUCCAGUUUUGGCAACCUUUCUUAUGCUGGGCUGAAUUUCACAUUCCAAAGUGGUGAUACCUUUUGGAAAGUUUCCACUCAGGAUUACCAAAACCUCACAACUUACCAAUCUGUUGAAGUUGUGAAUCCAACUCUUGUGCCUGAAAAGCUACAAAUUGGUAGUAGUGCUGUUUUCCCCAUAUUUUGCAAGUGUCCCAAUUCAACACAAUUGCAGCAGGGCAGAACCAAUUAUCUCAUUACCUAUAUUUAUCAUCCUGAAGAUAACUUGACUUCUGUUGCUUCCAGGUUUGGGACAACUCCACAGGCCAUUACUGAUGUUAAUGGUAACAAUAUUAGUGCUUUCGACCCGAUUUUUAUCCCGGUAUCCCGGCUUCCUCUGCUUUCACAGCCUGCAGUUCCACCCACUAAUGCUUCUGCUCCGCCUGCUCCACAACCUCAAAUUACAUCUAAAGAUGAUAGAAAAGGUGCAGUCAUAGGACUAGGAAUUGGGCUUGGGAUUUGUGGGAUUUUGUUGAUAUUAGUCCUUGGUUUAUGUCUUAAGAGGGAGAGAUCACUGAAGAAAAAACUAGCAGGAAUGAAAGAUGUUGAGAAAAGGCAGUAUGAUAAAGGGGAAAGGGCAUUGUUGAAAGAUGCAGGGGUGAGUUUAUUGGCUGAUGUUGCAGACUACUUAGACAAGUAUAAAGUGUUUGAUAUUGAGGAAUUGAGGGAAGCAACAGCUGAUUUUGAUGAGAAUUUGUUGAUUCAAGGUUCAGUUUAUAAAGGUACCAUUGAUGGGGAAGUUUAUGCCAUCAAGAAGAUGAACUGGAAUGCCUAUGAAGAACUCAAGAUCUUACAGAAGGUGAACCAUGGUAAUUUAGUGAAGCUAGAGGGCUUUUGCAUUGAUGCAGAAGAAGCAAAUUGUUACCUGGUAUACGAAUAUGUCGAAAAUGGUUCUCUUAAUACAUGGCUGCAUGGUGAGAAAAAGGGAAAGCUAAGCUGGAAAUCCAGGCUGCGAAUCGCAAUUGAUGUUGCGAAUGGUCUGCAAUAUAUACACGAACACACAAGACCACAGGUUGUUCACAAAGAUAUCAAAAGCAGCAACAUUCUACUGGACUCAAAUAUGAGAGCCAAGAUUGCGAAUUUCGGGUUGGCAAAAACAGGCUGCAAUGCCAUCACAAUGCACAUUGUCGGAACUCAAGGCUACAUUGCUCCUGAAUAUCUCACUGAUGGGGUGGUUUCCACUAAAAUGGAUGUUUUCUCUUUCGGGGUAGUGUUGCUUGAGCUCAUAACGGGUAAAGAGGCGAUCGAUGAAGAAGGGAAGGUUUUGUGGGCUAAAGUCGGUGGAAUUUUGGAGGGAACAGAAGACAAGAAGGUGAACAAACUGAGGGAAUGGAUGGAUGAGGAUAUACUUGGGGAGACUGUCUCCAUGGAAAGUGUUUUGAAUGUGAUGACUGUUGCCAUUGCCUGUGUGAACCGAGAUCCCGGGAAAAGGCCUAGCAUGGUGGACAUUGUGUAUGCAUUAUGCAAGAGUGAUGAUGUUCUGUCUGAUCUUUCUGAAGAAGGACUAUCUCCAAGGCCCCCAGUGACAGCAAGAUGAAUUGAGCUAACAGUCUCACACACUCGCACACUCUUUGAGAUACAUCUUAGACCUUACGCCUUUUCCGAUCUCUAUCUUCGUUAAAACCUUUACCACUCAGACCGAGAUCGAUUACACUUCGAGACGCAUAAACUACAUAUAUGCUCUUUGUUUUUUGGUUUGUUAGGACUGUAAAUUCUGUAAUCUCCAGUGUUACAUUGCUGUUUUCGUGCUGCAUUUGUCCUGAUCAAGAAGGUUAUAAUAGUAGUAUUAUUUUGCAAAACACAUAUAAUCCCACUUAGGCUGAAAUGGCUAAUCGGCUGCCCCAAAAUGUCAUCUUUGGGCCUAACUUAGUGGGCUAGUUAGUAGUCUAGAUCCCCACUAAAAGCCCAUAACCCUCAAUUUUAUUUCAAUUGCAAUUAUAUGUAUAUAUAUGUAUCUAAAGAUUAAAUAAACUAAUAUUCCAUCUUUCUUCUUUCUUUCAUUUUUUUCCCCUAAUAUUAAGAAAUCACUUUCAUUAAAA